AUGGAAGGGCAAAGGAGCGCUGGGCAGCGGAGCGCCGGAAGCUCGUCAAAGAGAAAAAGUGGAGGGCGAGGAAGCUCGACUGAACACGGCUUUCUAGCCGAGAUGGGACUUGGAUGCGGUCCCAACACCUGGAAGACGACGACGGUGUGCGUCUGCUUCUUCAUAGGGAUCACGAUCAUGGUGACCGCCUGGAUGGACACUUGCGUCCCUUUCUGCGGAGCCAAGGAGAAGAAGUCCGGGCUGUGGAAGGAUGCAUGGAAGAACCAGACCAUUCCGAGCGACAUGCAGAGCUCCAUGGACACGUCGGUCGACCCUUGCGACGACUUCUACAAGUUUGCAUGCGGGGGGUUCAUCGACAACACUGGGAUCAAGCCCGAUCAGGCUGGCAACGAUGAUGGAGGGAGGGCUGCUGGUGACGUGGUUGUCCAGGUGGAGUGGGCGAAGGCAUGGGAUGGAGUUGAGAGCAGGAUCAGCAAGGAGCUCAGGUCUGCUGUUGAGAAGGAUACGGGCAAGGCUGGCACGUUUUUCCGCGCCUGCAUGGAUACCAAGACGAUCGAGUCCCUUGGAGCAACUCCUCUCAAGCCAUACCUGGACAUGAUUGACGGCAUCAACACACAUGAUGAUCUUGUUGCCGCCAUUGCAAAGCUCCAGAAAAUCAGUGUGGCUGUGUACUUCGAUUGGCAGGUGAUGGCGGAUCCAACGGAUCCAACGAGAUACGUUUUUGCCAUCCUUGACUCUGGCCUCACUCUCCCCGAUGCAAAGAUGUACACUGAUUCAUCUCCAGAGUUUGAAAAGAUCAGAAGGCAGUACAAGAAAGUUGUAGAGAGAGUUUUGCAGCUUACGGGCUUGAAUCCAGCGAAGGCUGCCGCCGCUGAUGCCUUGUCCGUGGAGACAGCAAUAGCAAAGCACACUCUUCCGGACGAUCUUCUCCGAACGGCUAAAGCUAAACAUUACAACAUGGCCGACCUGAACAAACUCGCUCCCAAGCUUGGCUUUCCUACCAUCAUCAAGUUGAUGGGAGGGCCCCACGUCGGCAAGACAACAGACAACAUACUGUGCAAGGAUUCCCAAUUCCUCGAGGGUCUCUCGUCGAUCAUGUCGAGCCCAACCUUCUGGGCCCACAAGGCGUACCUUCGUUUCAAGGUUGCCUACGGACUCGGUUCCGACCUCUCGUCGGAGUUUCUCAAGCAAGGACUUGAGGUCGGGCACAUUCUGACCGGAGUUAUGCACGAGACGCCAAGGUGGCGCAAGUGCUACGACAGUACAAAGAGCAACCUUCCAGAUGAGGUCGCCAAGAUAUUCGUCAAGAAAUACCUUCCCAAGCAGAACAUCGAUGUGGCGGAGGAGAUGCUGCAGAGCAUUCGAUUGCAAUUCAAGAAGGUCAUGGCAAAUGAAGAUUGGAUGGAGCCUGCGACCAGAAAGCUGGCGAUCCAGAAGCUCGACAACAUGUUCAUCCAGGUGGGGCACGGCAAGUGGCAGGACUAUGACUUCGCCGUCACCGAACAUUCUUUCCUCAACAACACCAACAAUGCGAAGAGAUGGAUUAUUCAAAGAGCCAUCGAGCGUCUCGCCAAGCCUGUAGACCGAGAGCGAUGGGGCAGCAUGGACCCGACGCAGGUCGACGGCUCCUACGCGCGCCAGGUGAACGGCGUGUUUGUUCCCGGAGAUCUGCUGCAGUUGGAUGCACUGCUACGUCAACGAGAGGCUACUCUCCUGUAUAGGUCGAGCGUGGGCUUCAUCAUCGGUCCUCUGCAGGAAGCGAACCUUGUACAAAAGUGCCUUGGCCACUUAUGGAUCUGUUAG